AUGCAGAGAAUGCAGCUUUCGCGUGAAGACUUUGACAAUCCAGAGGUCGCUGGGGCGGUGAACCCCACCCCGACUACGGUUACUUCACGGUCCCAUCCCGAACCCAAACCCCACUUGCGCGCCCACACCCGACCCCCGCACACCUGUGACCACCGCGGACAACGAGAAUGCCCCAACUCCUGGUUCAAGACUAUGCGACAUCGCAGUCAAUGGCAACCAAAUGUGUGGCCAGCCCGUCUUCUAGAUUCUCUUCGCCGCCACAUCCGGAACGCCCAUCCCGGUGCCACUCUUAAUCCCUUCCGCACCAACAUUCCCCAGGCUGAGCGCAUUGCGGGCGAAAACGCUUUAAAGCGAUGGAUCCUUAGCAGAGGAUGGAGAACUGCCCGUUACGUGAAGGAGCCUGGUGAGGGUCCUAUGUACAGUAUUAUUCAGGAUUACUGUAACUUCACUCGUGCAGCUGGCGAAGAUAACGACUUUGCUCAGCAGUUUGGGACUGAGUUCCAUCGUCCUAGGCUGGGUAAGCGCAAAUCUCCCCCACUACCCUCUAAGCCACCUACCCCACCGUCUGCCCCCAAGCGCAAGCGUGCUCCACCGAAGAAGGGUCACAAGGCCACCGGUAGCCGGAAGCAGCCGGCGCGCGCCAAGAAGGAUGCUGCCGAGUCGGUGCCGGAGACGCGUAGGGCAUAUGCACGGUUGGUUUUAGAGAUAAAUUAUGGAGUCUAG